AUGGAGCAUUCGUCGCCACUCGCUGCCAUGCAGCCUCCGCCUCUACCGUUGGGUUCUUGGGGAUACAUGUCCAAUGUUCCGACAUCACAUUCUCGACUCGCCGGGAACGCCAUGUUUGGCCCGGGAAGCUUCAACUUCAAGGAUCUGAGCAUGAAGAGGUCUUCAUCCGAUUAUUUCAGCAUGAAACCAGUUCGAGGUUCGUCGCCAACCGCAAGCCUCGCCGCCGAUCUAUCCCAAAACUUUCAUAUCGACCAAAGUCCACAGCUUCCGACUCCUCGGCGUUCGCUCUUCACAUCCAAUUUCUUUGGAACACUUGAUGGUCGGGAAACCAUGACUACGCCGCCGAUACCAUCUUCCUCUCCAGGACCAGGAAACGACAUCAUGGACAUAUCACCGCUUCCGCACAAGCCGGCGUUCGCAGUAACCCAAAUUGAACUCAGGUCGCCGACUCCCGAGACGUCACCGGCAGGCACUCCAAUGGCCGUUUCACCGAUUUGCUCUGGGCUCUCCCCGCUGGAUAGCUCUCAGCACAAUACUAAUGCGGAAUCGAAGAGAAGCCAACCUCGCCGCCCCAUGUUGCCUCGAACCAAGGGUUUCUCAACCAAUUCCGUUUCGUUCAAAACAACUGGCCUAGAGAGUCACCUUCCCCAGUUCAAGUUUGGUGCUGGCGCAGCCACACUUUCACCGCCCUUGACGUUGGAUCAAUGCUUCACCGACUCUCCCUCGCAAGAAGGCAAAACUUCGUCAAAUGCGUCACUUAUGCCUCCGCCCCGUCCCAGGCAGGCUUUUGCCGCCAUGGCAGCGAGUGCUCGCAGCAACGGAUCUCCUAUUACCGGCCAUAUUCGAAAAUCCAGCGGGUCGGCUAUUCGCCCUCGCAAGCAAUUUCGCAGAUCCCUUAGCAUGUUUGAGCAUCCUGGCGAUGUGAUGAGCCAAGAACAAGAGGAGAUGUGUUCCAGUAGUACCUUGCAGUCUAUAAUGGACAUCGAAGACAACUUCAAGCCGCAGCUGCCACACUUUCUUCCGGACCACCCACCAGAUAGUUUGCCUCGUAUAACCCUGGACACAUUGAUAGAUGUGCUGGAUGGGAAAUAUGAUGGCCUCUACGAAGACUCGCUCGUUGUCGACUGCCGUUUUGAAUAUGAGUAUGAAGGCGGUCAUAUCAAUGGCGCCAUUAACUACAAUGAUAAGGAGCUUCUAGCAACGCGGCUUUUUGACCAGGCCAAGGCAUCUAAGACUUUGCUCAUAUUCCACUGUGAAUACUCCGCCCAUAGAGCGCCUAUGAUGGCAAAGUUUGUUCGGCAACAGGAUCGUGCAGUUAACGCCGCUUGCUAUCCCAAACUCACAUACCCAGAGGUUUAUAUCCUUGACGGCGGAUACAGUUCUUUCUUUAAUGCUCACCGAUCUCGUUGCUUUCCCCAAAAUUAUGUUGAGAUGGAUUCUAAAGAGCAUGAGUUGGCCUGCGAGCGGGGCAUGGGAAAGUUGCGUCAACGGGCCAAGCUGGGCCGGGCCCAGACUUAUGCAUUCGGCCAGAGCUUCCACGACGAGAGCCCAACGGCCCCAAGCAAAUCCUCCAACGACUCAAUGAUGGGCAACUUCACCUCCCAAGACAGGGUGACAGACUUGCGGCGCAUGCACGCGAGACGAAUGGCAUCUUGCUAG